CUGCCAGUAUUCCAAAGCACGGUCAGUAGCGAAAAACGAGUCCCGCGAGUGAGAGCGUAUAGUUUGUUCCGUUGCCUGCCCGUUCGAUGCGUCGUCGCCGUCGUCGUGUUAUGCCCUCGUCUCGCUGUUAGUUCCUCGAGGGAAUCGGUUCCGUUUUUCCUGUAUUUUGUUCGUUUGGUCGGUGCUCCUACUGUGCCGCAACUAUCACAAAAGUGUUCAACAAGUGUCAACGCGUCCUAUACGAGUGCAAUUCAGCAGUCAAUUUUCUUCUCAUGGGCUUUGGCCACUGCUGAAAAUCGACGAAAAAGAGUGAAAUUUUGUAGGUGUCUGCCCCAAACCCCAGUACAGUGGUGUGGCGCUGAUUCAAAGUAAGUUUUGGAGAAGACGAAGAAAAAGAAGAGACGAGAGAAGCGAUCAAGUGAAAGAAGAGUGAAUAAAAAAUGGGUUGUGCUGUGAGUCGAGAUAAGGAAGCCAUCGAACGUUCGAAAAAUAUUGACCGUGCCCUACGUGCUGAUGGAGAACGGGCGGCCAGUGAGGUGAAACUACUCCUGUUAGGAGCGGGCGAAUCCGGCAAAUCAACUAUUGUCAAACAGAUGAAAAUUAUCCACGAAACAGGUUACUCACAGGAAGAAUGCGAACAGUACCGACCCGUCGUGUACAGCAACACAAUUCAGAGCCUAAUGGCAAUCAUUCGGGCGAUGGGACAGCUACGGAUUGACUUUGCCGAUGCUAGUAAAACAGACAUCGCCCGCCAGUUUUUCACAUAUGCUUCGGCAACCGAGGAAGGCGAAUUGACACCUGAGCUCGUUUCGCUCAUGAAGAAACUGUGGACUGAUUUGGGGGUGCAGAUGUGCUUUUCGCGAUCGCGAGAAUAUCAGCUAAAUGACUCAGCCGCCUACUACCUGAACUCAUUGGACCGGAUCUCACAGCCAAAUUAUAUCCCCACACAACAGGAUGUGCUACGGACGCGAGUCAAGACGACCGGUAUCGUCGAAACGCACUUUAGUUUUAAGGGUAUACAUUUCAAAAUGUUUGACGUUGGUGGUCAGCGAUCCGAGCGAAAGAAAUGGAUACACUGUUUCGAGGGAGUAACGGCAAUAAUUUUCUGCGUAGCUCUGUCAGGAUACGAUCUAGUGCUAGCAGAAGACGAAGAGAUGAACAGAAUGAUCGAAUCGAUGAAGCUGUUUGAUUCGAUAUGUAACUCAAAGUGGUUCGUAGAUACUUCCAUCAUACUGUUUCUGAACAAAAAAGAUUUGUUCGAAGAAAAAAUCACUCGAUCGCCGCUCACGAUUUGCUUCCCCGAAUAUAGUGGAUCCAACACCUACGAGGAAGCAUCCAGCUAUAUUCGGAUGAAAUUCGAGAAUCUGAAUAAACGAAAAGACCAGAAGGAAAUCUACACCCACCUGACUUGUGCGACUGACACGAGUAACAUUCAGUUCGUAUUCGAUGCCGUAUCCGACGUGAUCAUAAAAAAUAACCUCAAGGACUGUGGGCUAUUCUAGGCAGCAAAAUUGUAAGAAUUAGCAUAGGUGUCUAAACACAUCAUACACACACACGUGCGAACAGAUUUUCAACAAACAUGACACGAUCGAGGAUCCCUACAGUGCCUGCUUCACUCUAAUCUGAAUCUAUUACUCUUCUCUCCACAAGGUCAAGCAAUCGGUGAACCUCAUCCGCUGAGCAAAAUGUGUAAAAAUCGUGUUAUAUUUUCUAUGCGCGAACGAACAUAUUCCGCUGGUAUUUAUUAGGACGAAGCGUAAUGUAGCGUUCAGUACUAAUACGAAACGCAGUGUCAAAGUGUUGCAAUCAAGUGUCAAUGCUCUUCCCCGGGCUUUUUCUAUGAUUGAUUGUGUCAAAAAAUAUUGUUGACCCUGCCAGGGGUCCUUCCUAACUACUAAUACUAUACUACACAAAAGUAACCAAACAAUGGCGCACAUUUUAGGACAUGAAGAAAACACGCUUAUGUUAAUAAUUACUUUUAAAUAUUACUCUUAGUAUCAAAACUAAAAAAGGGAUAUCUUAAAGAGCAAACUUUUUAACAAGCCUAUUAUCAAGAAACUAUGUUUAUAUUAAAAUGAUCAUGAUCAAAAGUUAAAUCCAUGAUAAACGAAACCAGUAAAUAUAUUUUUUUAUAUUUUAUAGGAAAAUAUAUAAAUUCAUUGUACGUUGUUCAAUUAACGAAAUAAACUGUGUCCGCCUUGUUACUGAGAGUGAAAUGUAUAACUGCUGCUAAAUCAAGAGAUUUAUGCAAAAGCAAACGAAACAAAGUGAAAAAAUAAAAUAAUAUUUAUACCUUAAUGUUAGAUGUUAUCUAAGCAUACAAGAGACGAAUUUAGAAGGCAAAGGCUCUCGCCAUACAUUUCACCAUCAUUUUCCCCUUGACAAUAGAAUGUACGACUGCUUUGGUCUAUGAAUCACAUGUGUAGCUAUUUAUUAUUAUAAUUUUAGAGUGUAUCAAACUCCGAUCUUACUCUGCCAAACUGAAAGCAUAAUAUUCCGCUUCAAAUAACUAGAAUCGUCUUUUAUUCAUUCCAAUGAAGCAUUUCACUUAUUACUGCUACUAUUUUAAUUUAAUUAUUUUAAAAACUAUAUAAAUCAAGAUGAGUAUCAGUCAAAGCUUUUUCGACGAGUUACUUUCAAAAUUGAAAUCGUUGCAAAUCUUUAGAUCCCUUUCCAAGACUGAAUACUUUCCUAACCAAACUCUUUCGUUCCACGAUUACUACUAAUAGUUUGAUAACAGAGUUAGAAAUAGACUCAUGUCAAUAACGGUUCGGUUUCAUCAGACUGAAGAAAUAGCUCUUCAAAUGUUGAUUUUCACGUUCUUGGGAAACAUUCGCAAAUUUCAUCGCUGAUAGCAUUGAUUGCCAAAUUUGUGCAUGAUCCCUAGUCGUUCGACCUUAGACUGAACAGUACUUCCGUACUAACGGUCAUCAUUGUACCGAAAAUCGACAGAAGCGUCGGGAACGUUAAUCGAUAAGCAAGUCUAUUACAAAAACAAACAAGAUAAAUCGAAUUCACUGUCAAAUUAAUGUAACGAACGCAUAACAAAAAUACAAAUCACCCAAUAAUAUCAGAAUUGAUAAAUUAUUUUGUACUACUCAUUCGUUUACAUAUUAACGUAUAUUUUUUGCGCGAACAAACAAAGUAAUAACAAAAUCACAUGUACCCUGUAUUGAUGGUAAAAUGAAGUACGAACAAAACCAAGUGGGAAGCUCGAAAUCUAAUCCGCACAAAUAACAAGCAAACCAGAACAUUAGAAAACAAACAAUGGGAUUGAAGCAUAACCCACCCACAUCUGUUAAGAAGGAAUUUGUAUUUUAUAUGGAUGUUUUUUGCUUAUACGUGGAAUAGACCCUGGGAUAUCAUAACCGAAAACACUCAGAAAAUAUUUUUCAAAACCCAAAAUCAAUUGAGUCCCGCAUUGUUUCUUCCCUUUGCUCGUCUGAAUAAAGGCAGGAUAUGUUUUGAUAGGACAUAUAUUUAA